CCGGUCGUUGCGAGGUUGUUUUAUUGCACUGGUCUGAUGUCUGACAUCCUCAUCAGGGAGGUGCAAUCUAGCUGUCCAGAUCUGUCAUCUGUGUUUGAGUCACUGUGAGGUGGUUUGAACCGGGUGACAAAGCAGUUUGCCGUUCAGUGUUGUCCUGUCGACUUGUGUGGCGUUCACUCAAUUUCACGCAUUAUCAAGUUUGUGUGAGGGAGUUGUGGCGGUUGCAUUUAUACCACCCGCGGUGCUGACAAGGGUGGUCGGAAAUCAAUUGCUUGCUGCUUUUUUGCGUGAGCCCGCGAACCCAACACGCUACCCAGUUUGUUGUGAGUUGGUCACGGGAUCAAUCCAGAGAUGGGCUUGGGAUCUUUUAGUUCUUUUCUCUCCAAGCCUUCCAAGUGUGCGGAGUACGUGGUUAUGCCAGGCGCAAUGUUGAUUGCAUAUGCUGUUCUACGAAUGUACCCGCCAGCGGCUCCGCCAGAUGCUAACCCGCAGGCCAAGAAGAAGGAUCGAACUGCCAAAAAGUAGCGUUUAUCCAAUCUUCACCCUCUGAAGGGGAAUACAUAGGAGAGCCAAGCGAAGGAAGGAGGAUUAAGACUCUCACGGAAGGUUGCGAGACAGGUGGCUUAUAGGGGCCCUCUGAUGGAGCAUUGCUAAGAAUGGUGGGUGGUUGACGUACAGGGCAGAAGAUUCUCGCCUCACAGUGACUGGUUUCGUGCCCGUGAAUUCGUUUCUGUACAUUAGGCAGGAUGAAUGUCAGGAGUCUGAGCUCCGCCCCCGCUUCCCCUUUUGUUCAUCUUCCAAAUUCCCUGGUCCCACGUGGUAACUGGUCCCAAAUCCCUGGUCCCAUGCAUGGCCACUGGUCCCAAAUCCCUGGUCCCACGCAUGGCAAAUGGUCACGUAGAGUUCAGGAGUUGGCACUGUGAUGGGGUCAUGCUAAGAGUGGUGGUAGAUGUACAGAGCAGGAUAUUUUUCUUGUUUUCUAAAUCUCUACUAUUUUCUAGGGAUUUUCUUUUUCUUCGUCUGUGGAAUCAUUUCUGUGUACAUUAGGCAGGAUGGACAGCCUGGAGUGUUCAGUUCCCCCCUUGUCUCUCUGCUUAUCCAUGUUCCCAUUCCCAGUCCCAUCCCUGGUCCCAUCCCUGGUCCCUCACCCCUAUUCCUAUCCCUGCUUCAAACUGUGCUUCUGUUUCCACGCGUCCUUCCUGCUCCAUCAUCACUCCCUUCGUCCCUUGCCCGGUUGUCCGAUCCCAUUUUCCCUGGUCCCACGCAUGGCAACUGGUCCAAAAUCCCUGGUCCCACGCAUGGCAACUGGUCCAAAAUCCUGCUCUCAUCCUAACUCCCAUCUCUGUGCCCAUGGCCGUCGCCAUACCUGUUUCCAUCCUCAGCGUUUCUGUCUGCACCUGCUUCACCUGAAGCAUUGUCAAGAAAGACGAGUCAGCUCCAGGAUAUCGAAAAGGAACGAUGACUACAUAAUUGUACAGCUGCUUCUUGCGACGGAUAGGAAGGCCCAGAAGUCUUGCGGCGACUUGUACAUAGUUUCUUGCUUAAACCACCAGUACAUCCGAGCCUCUUUUUGCGCAGGUGGAAAAGAACAACACAGUUUCUUGCUUAAUAGAGAUGAUGAAAAAAUCUUCCACUUCUUUUUCGCCUAUACAGGGCCGACGUAAGAAGUGAUCCUAGUUGUGAAUGUGGUCUUAGUGCAAGCACGCACUUCUAGUCAAUGGGGAAGUUUAGUACAAAGGGAGGAAUCACAUCGAAAACCUUACUCCGCACCAGGGUUAUUCUUUUACAGUUCCUUGACUUGCUUUGGCCGAUCAUAUUCCUCACCUUCCGUUGACGCACGUGAGCAGGCAGAGGGAAGGAGGGGCGGGGGCGGCGGUAUAUAGAGAGAAAGGGAGAAAGGGAGAAAGGGAGAGAGUGAUGCCAGCGUCCUCCGCCACCGAGCCGUCAAAGACAUGUCAAGUUUGCCAGGAAGGGACUCCAAAGUACAAAUGCCCACAGUGUCGCAUUCCUUAUUGUUCCUUGGUGUGCUAUCGCCAACACAAAGAGAUUCCUUGCCAGAAAACAGAUAAACCAGGUGGAAAUGCAGAGGAGGGACUGGGAGUGAUCAGGCAGCCACUGCGGGAUUUUGAGAAGCAUGAAGAGGAAGGAGGUGAGCCAGGGUGGAGGUUGAGCAGAAAUCAACUCGAAGAGUUGGCAGCGUCAAAGAGUGUGCGGGAUGCGUUGAAAGAUGACGAACUUCAGCGGGUGAUUCGCAGGAUCGACAGUGCAGUCGAUGCGGAAGCGGAACUGGAUAGAGCUAUGGAGUGCAGCGCGUUCUUUAAAGAGUUCACUUCCCAGGUUCUGUCUGCAGUUAGCGGGCCUGAAGACAGUUCAAUGCUCAGAUUUGUCGCAUAGCUGUAAAAAGGACUACAUACGCAGUUGCCUACCUUCUUCCUCCAAACACCAUGCCCAAGCAUCAUGACUGUAUUUUGACCGACCGGGUCAGGGUUUCUGUACGUUUAUGAUGGCGGGGUGUUAUGUUCGGGGGGAAAAGCGAGCUAUCUUCUUCCCCCGAACACAACGUACGGUCAUUAUAGCUGUAUCUAGUCUGAAAGAUGCCUCACAUACAGCUAUAAAGACUGUACGUUGUAUUCGGGGGAAGGAGGUAGUAACCUUGAUAAUUGGCUAACAGUUGCGUGCCAAUGCAGUUCUCUUGUGCAGUUUUCCACUGGUUGCAGGGCGUGAUGGCAAAUCAAGACGUCAGACUUUCAAGUUGCCAUGAAGGCAGCUACUGUCUUCCCCCGAACAGAAUGCACCCUUAUUUUGGCUGUAUAUGGCCGGAAAUAUAGCUUGUAUACAUUCAUUUUUAGGUUGCGUUAUGUUCGGGGGAAGACGAUAGUGGGGCCUGAAAGCCGUUCGGCCAUGCUGGGAUUGGUCAUCUGGCUGUAUGAGGACUGUGCGCAGUUUUGUUGCUUGGCUGUAUGAUUGUCAGGCAGCUCUGCGCAAAUGCAGUCUUUUUUUUAGCACCUCUUCGCGGAACGGUUUUCAACUGCCGUAGGGGGUGUGAUCAUGAUCUCAGUCUCUCAAGUGAUCAUGAUCUCUAGGUCGGAGAGUCGUUUGCGGAAUGGUUGCUACACUACUCCAGAGUGUUUUCUUGUCCCUGCAACAAUGGGAUACAUUCCGUGUGCUCGCUUUUAGUACUCUCUGAAGUGUUGAAGUUCCGGAGAAGCUCUGAUGUUUUUCUUUUCGUGUCUCGCAUCGGCAUUCAUCUGCGGUAUGAAUCUUGGGUGUGGAAAGUCAAACAAAUUCUUUGUGUUCCU